UGCGAAGUUGAGCUGAGUUCAACUUCGCAGGCAAGCCGGCGGUUGUCGGCGAUGAAAAUAUUUUAUGUGAACAUUAUCUGGACCAUCUGCGGACGCAAUGUAUGACGUAUCAACGCGAGUUUUCCUACAAUCUCUUACUUUACAGAUGGAAUGGUUGAAAAGUGCGCCAAUUCGAUUUGCAUUUCGCGCGAAUUUGAGUACGUCGGUGAUCCAUCGCAGAUGCGCCGGGAACCCACCAGAACAGGUCGCUGAACGUUGUCACUUGCAACCGGCGACUAACGUUGUAGUUUUUAAAGACAGAACCGAAAGACCUGAAAUGUUCCAUGAUGAGAAAGACAGGAAGAGCUUGGAACACGUACAAAGAUAUUCCGAGAAACCGAGAUACGAUUUUGAUGCCCGCCAAGAUGGCUCAUGGAGAAUCGAUUGGGAGAGAUCACGACAGCUGAUAAAAAAAAGAACUAAACAGGAAGAAGCCGAUCUGUUUCAACGAUCUUAUCACACGGUGUUUAGGUUUCAAACUGCAUGUUAUUUGUGAUUAACUUAAAAAUUAAUAUCUUGAUCUUAUUA